GUAGUGCUGAGCGCGUCCCGCCGGGGAGGUGCUGACUAUAUUGCAGCAAGCCGCAGACUGUUUCGGCCCCUCUUUGCUCUGAGUUUUGUCGAGUGUCAACCUAAAGUGAUAAGGGCCGGAGCCAUGGCUGGAUACUUGAAGGUCCUCAGCUCUCUGUCGAGGUCUGCGGCUGCUCUUUCCAGAAACCCCGCGGUGCUUGCGCCGGCUGCUACUUGCCAGACUUCGCAACAAAGAAACUAUGCCGACAAACGCAUCAAAGUGGCCAAGCCGGUGGUGGAGAUGGACGGAGAUGAAAUGACCAGGAUCAUCUGGGAGUUCAUCAAAGAGAAGCUCAUCCUGUCCAAUGUCGACGUUGAGUUGAAGUAUUUUGACUUGGGUCUGCCAUACCGUGACCAGACUGAUGACCAGGUCACCAUUGACUCUGCCCUGGCCACCAAGAAGUACAGCGUGGCUGUUAAAUGCGCCACCAUCACGCCCGAUGAAGCCAGAGUUGAAGAGUUUAGCCUGAAGAAGAUGUGGAAGAGCCCCAAUGGUACCAUCAGGAACAUCCUGGGUGGCACAGUCUUCCGUGAGCCAAUCAUCUGCAAGAACAUUCCCAGGCUUGUUCCAGGUUGGACGCAGCCCAUCACCAUUGGCAGACACGCCUUUGGUGACCAGUACAGAGCAACAGACUUUGUUGUCAACCAGCCGGGCAAAUUCAAGAUAAUCUUCUCACCUUCUGAUGGUAGUGCCGGCAAGGAAUGGGAAGUCUAUGAUUUCCCUGCUGGCGGCUGUGGAAUGGGCAUGUACAACACUGAUGAGUCUAUUACAGGCUUUGCACACAGCUGCUUCCAGUAUGCUAUUGGCAAGAAGUGGCCCCUGUACAUGAGCACAAAGAACACAAUUCUCAAAGCCUAUGAUGGUAGAUUCAAAGACAUCUUCCAGGAUAUCUUUGAAAAGAACUACAAGCCUGAGUUUGACAAACUGAAGAUCUGGUAUGAGCACAGACUUAUUGAUGAUAUGGUUGCCCAAGUCCUGAAGUCCUCUGGCGCCUUUGUGUGGGCCUGCAAGAACUAUGAUGGAGAUGUGCAGUCUGACAUCCUGGCACAGGGUUUUGGCUCUCUGGGCCUGAUGACCUCAGUUCUUGUGUGCCCUGAUGGCAAGACUAUCGAAGCUGAGGCUGCCCACGGCACAGUGACCAGGCACUAUCGCGAGCACCAGAAGGGUCGGCCAACAAGCACCAACCCCAUUGCCAGCAUUUUCGCCUGGACCAGAGGCCUGGAGCACCGUGGCAAACUUGAUGGCAAUCCUGACCUUAUCAAAUUCUCCCAGACUCUGGAGAAGGUAUGUGUGGAGACUGUUGAGAGUGGAGUCAUGACCAAGGACCUUGCAGGUUGCAUCCAUGGCUUGGCCAACUGCAAACUGAACGAGCACUACGUCAAUACCACGGACUUCCUCGACGCCAUAAAGAAAAAUUUGGAUAAAGCCCUUGGCAAGUGAACAACUUGAAAGAGUACAAAUGGCGUUGUCAUUAUUCUGUUUUUUGUACCUCAUUUUUAACUUAAAAGGUCAAGAAAACCACAUACAUUUCAUCUGAAGGAAAACGUACUGCGUAGAUUAUUAUGUAGUGUACUGUUAGGUUGCUCUGCAGAUGAGAGCUGUUCUUCAUCCAAUGCCUCCUUCACUAUCCUGUCUCAUUAUUUCCAGGGUUUUAUUUUUGUAAUGUGAAGUACUGUACUCAAAUACUGUAUAAUGCCUUGAGGAAGACUGAAGCCUGUGUCAAAUAUAAUUGCCAAUAAAUCCCUCUUGUUUGACCCACC